AUGAAGGUGAAUGUAGCUAUAGCUGUCAUGGUGGCACUAACAGCGAUGCUUUCCGUGGCAAUGCCGGCACAGGCCGAUGUCAGUUGCGAACAGGUGCGCGGGUUCCUCGCAACCUGCGUACCAUAUCUCACCGAUGGCGGCGACAACGACCCGGCAGAAGAAUGCUGCAAUGGGGUGAGGAAUCUGAAAGCAAUGGCGCCGACUACUAACGACAGGCGCGCCGCCUGUGAUUGCGUUAAGCAAGCUGCAAGCCGCUACCCAAACAUAAACGACGAUGCAGCCUCCUCGCUCCCGGCUAAGUGUGGUGUCCAAAUAAGUUUCCCCAUCUCCAGGAAUGUCAACUGCAGGAAGUGA